AUGAGCGACUCAGAUGCCGAAGAAAACCCCAUGGCUCCGUCACAGCUUCAGAGAACGAAGAAAAAUUGUUCUGUUACAGCCGACAACCAAGUCAGGUCAGGAUCUCAGCUCUCUCGCACUCCUCAUCCCGGCCUUCCCACCAAUCAGCCUUUGGGGAGAUUUGGAUUCAAGCUGCCCAUGUCUGAUAUUCGCAAGGCACCGUAUUCCAGUGGUACUACCUACGGACGCCAAGCAGCAGACGAAAAUGUCAUCGAAGAUCAGGAUUUUGAGGGUGACAGGGAUUCUGACUUGGAGCAUGAUAGGGAUUUAGGCUUGGAGCGCAACAAUCAGGAUGAUUCUGAGGGUUCUACUAGUGAAAAUGACAACCAGGGUCCAGAUGAUAAUCUCAUGGAACACGAAGACAACCAAAUGGACCGUGAUCAAUUCCCACGUCAGCAAGAGGACCAAGCAGAUCAUUUCGAUGAUGGGCUCGAGGGUGGAAUGCAAGUGGAUUUCGAUCAAGGUAUUGAUGACAAGCCCGACGAUGCAGCUCGACAGAAAUCACAGGAAGCUCAUCAACAUGAACAUCAACCAUCUGCGCGCACUUCUUCCUCUCGCGUACAGUCUCCUCAUCGUCCUCCAUCUCGGCCAAGCCAGUCCUCAAAUCGCAUACAACCCCUCUCCCGGGCACACUCUUUGUCACGGUCCGUUCCCAAGGACACUUCUCCAUCUGAUCAUGCAAUGUCACCCACUCUCUGUUCUCGCUCUUUCAGCACCACACCUGAGCCAGAUUCACACAGCAGCAAGAAGGCACAAAAGAUCAAACCAACCCAAGGGGACCCCGUGAAGCUCGGCUUUUAUCCACCUUCCUGGCAGGCACUUUUGCAGGCAGCAAAGGUAGAAAUGUGUCUCCAAGCUGUGUUGACACAUCCUGUUCCAGAGCAUGGAGAUGCUCUACAACUCGCGCAAGAAGUCCUGGAUGCUGAACUCUGGAGGUACCAUGAGAAGAAGAUCAAAAUGGAUAAAGGCUAUUUCCUGGAGUACAAAGCUCAAAUGUCCCGAGUGCUCUGCGAUGAUUUGUUUACAUUUCGCACAGAGCUGAAGAAAGUCAUCAUACCCAUUGUGAAAUCAGCAUAUGACAUUUUCCCAAAGGGCACAGUCACACGUAAGGAGGAUAUACAGAAGCAUGUCAUCACAGCCGCCACUAAGCUCCUCAAGACUGGUGGUUACCUUUGUAUUCCUGACUCGUCUAACGGCAAAUGGAAAAACUUUGUGUCGCAAGCUCUUAUGGAUGGCUGCCUUGCAUUUUAUUAUAGCAAUAGCAAGAAGGCGCUCAAAAAUACAGACAAAUUUCACCGCACAAUCCCUCCAAACACGCUUAUUCUCGUGGCUGCUGUGAUGAAGGGCGUCAUUUCUGGGUUUUCUGAAACUGGUACCGACAAAGUACCUGACCUCUCCACUGAUAGAUGUAGGAACGACUUUAACUUGUUGCAGAAGUCUCUGGACAAACUGAUGGACAUUCCUGAACAUCGUGACGAGCUUGAAGAUAUGCUGGCGCAGUGGGCUGGUAUUGGGAUGGGUGAGCUUGUUCAUGGCGACUCGAGUGCAGGAGGCAGUGAUUUGGAGGAUGUCAACAUCAUUUUAUAA